AUGUUCCGCUGGUUUCGCAAUUUUGGCGUGUUUUUGAGAAAACCACGAGGUGCGGCGAGGAAUUCAUUGCAAAGUGAGAGAAGAACCAGAUCUGAAUCGAGUGUGACUUAUGGUUAUAGAAGCUCGUCUUGUAAGUUUGUGUUUGGCGAAAAUUUUGAAAAAAUAGAUUGUUCAGACGAAUCUUGCGUUUCUCGAACUUCUGGAACCACCCGAUCUUCUGUGACAACUAGAUCAUCUGAACCAACAAGAUCUUCUUGUGGAAAAUCAACUAGAUCAUCUGAACCAACAACCACAAGAUCUUCUUGUGGAAAAUCAACGAAAUCAUCUAGAAGUCAAUCUAGAUAUCGAAGCCCGAGCCCAAAUCCAUCCAGACAACCUAGAGAACGUGGAAGAGACCGCACACAACGCAACAAUAUCAAUGCGCAGAGUACUGUACUUAGCCCAACUAAUGUGAGACUAUAAACCUUCUUCUUUAAAAAAAACAUAGAUGUUUUCCAGAGAUCCGGUAAACUUGAUCGUAGCCGCUCGAAAAGCCAUGAAACCAAUUUCCUGGAUCGUAUGAAAAACGCGAAUCACGAUGUUUGGAAUGAGAAGAUUCCCAAAGGAACUCAUGUGAUUUACACAGAUGGAUCGUAUUUGAAAUGGGAAGGAAAAUCUGGAAUUGGUAUUUUUAUGGGGCCAGAUCAUCCGCUGAAUAGAUCGCAAAAGAUUCGAGGAGCAAUUCAGAAUAAUCAAUACGCUGAAUUUCUUGCGGUGAAAACGGCACUGGAAAAUCUGCGAAAUUGGGAGGGUUAUCAUGAAAACGACCCGGUUAUUGUUAGAACUGACAAUCGAAAUGUGAUUGUGGCACUGAAAAAUCGUGAUUUCUCACAAUUUUCUGGAAUUGCUAAAGAGAUUCUAGAUAUUUGCGAAGAGUUAUCAAAAGUUGAAUUUCAACACGUUUAUGCUCAUGAAGGAGAUCCUGGAAACGAGAUGGCUGAUGUUUUUGCGGGAAUGGGAUCUUCGAAAAGAGAUCCUUGGUAUGGUGGAUGUCAUAGAAGUAGUGAAACAAGAGAGCGGAAUCGGAAAAGAUCGAAGUCUAAUGAUCCGGAAUUUAUUCGAGACAAUAGUUUGGCUGUGGAGACUAGACAUAGCUUGUGA